CCACCAUGAGUGCGGAUUCUGGGAUGCCGCACCAGCAGCAGAAGGACAUCAUCCAGUCCUUCUUCCAGUUCGACGCUGCGCGGGAUGCCGCAGAGCGCUUCUACAGUCGCUCCUCCGGUCCUCAGACGCCUGGGAAUUUCUCAUCUCAGCCGUCUCUGCCUCCGAUGCCCACUGGCAUGCAUUUCGGCUCAGAUGCCCUUCAGCAUAUGAUGCCUUCCAUGGACACGUCAGCACAGCAACAAGGUGUCCAACAGUCGUCCCAGCCCACGCCACAAGCCUUGCUCGAGCAACAGUUUCGGCUCAACCAGCUGCAGCAACUCCAGCAGCUCCAAAACCAGAUUUUCCAGCAGCAGCUGGAGCUUCUGAGCAGUCAAAAUGCGUUUGGGGGAGGACAGACACUUGCGGGACAGGCAAUGGGAGAUCGGCAGCGGGAGCAACAGCAGUAUGGUCUUCCAACACCAGGACCGUCCGGUGAACUGCGCGCACAACAGAGUCCCGACUUCGUCUCUCCUCUACUCUUGCAGUCCGGCGCUGGCCUGUCCACCAUGGCCCAGCAGCCACAUUCCCUCUCGCCCGAUGUCUGUAACAUUCCCGGCUUCCUCUCCCAAUCGCACCAGAUGAUACCGUCUGGGCCGCAUUCCGCGCCCGCCCACAUCGCCUUCGAGAUCAGCCCACCGCUCUCCAUGCCUUCGGGCUCGUCAGGCGCGGACCACGACUUCAACGACAUCUCGCCACUGACCAGCCCCUGGCUUGGACCCUUCAACAAUGCACAGGCGAUGCAGGGCUCGAGCGGGAGUGGGAGUGCUGCGGGUCUCAAACGGCGAGGAGCAUCUUCUAGUGGAGACGAGGAGACGUCCGUACCCAGGCCUUCCCGGAAGCGGCAGUCUUCUAUUAGGGCCGCUGCUCGACCCGGCCCCAACGCCCAGCAGAAACGCACGUCCAUGCGGGGGUCGCGGUCAGCGAACUCGACGCCGUUGUUCAACGGAAUGGCACGGCCAGGCAUGGGCCUGGACAUGUCUGAUAUGAAUGAACUGCCAGGCGACUCACCGUCGCCGAUCGAGCUGCCCCCUAUGCCGCCUCCGGCGCACCCGCCUCAGCCGCCCUCGUCGCUCGAGCGCGAGAUGACGUCCGCCGCCACGAGUGCCUCCGCCAUGGGCGUGCCAUCCCACAAUGCGGCGUCCGCCCCCGCGAUGACGCCGGUUACUCCGGCCAGUAUCAUGAAUCUGGGCAGACUGGGAAUCAACUCCGGUCUCGCUCCUCCGAGCGGCGCGCAAGAUCAGGGUGCCACCAAGAAGAAAGACGGCAGCGGUAGGGCAAGGGCGUCGAGCAAGUCCGCUAACUUCGCCGAGCCGGGGCGGACGACCAGGUCGACCGACAAGUCUACGAGCGUCCCGCUCGUCAGUCCGAACCUCAAGCCAAUUCGUCCAGCCGGAAAUCAGGCAGUCGUUUCUACGAGCCCUUCUCCGUCGACGACGCAGCCCAUCGUCCAGUUCCGCAAGUCGUCGCACAAGGCCGCCGAGCAAAAGCGGCGCGACUCGCUCAAGACCACCUUCGACGACCUGCGCCUUUUACUCCCGCCCAUCCCGCUGCCCGCCGAGGACGAGCCGAUCCUCCCGGGCGCGAUGCCACCGCGCGGCCCGCCGAAGGGCAACUCAGAGGGCCCGAACCGCGCCGUGAGCAAGCUGCAGCUGCUCCGGUGCGGCAACGAGUACAUCAAGAUCCUCAAGGGCCGCGUCGACCGGCGCGACGAGGAGAUCGAGCGCCUCCGCAGCGAGGUGGCGCGCCUCAGGCUGGUCGUGGGCCCGGAGGCGGAGAACGGCGAGGAGGAGGUUGAUUUGGAGAGGGAUGUGGACGCGGUGGAGGCGGCGGGAGGCGGGGUGGGCCUCCUGCUCGGCCGCGCGUACCAUGGCCGCGAGGGCUCCCUGGCGGAGGUCGAGGAGGCAGAUGAGGAGGGCGGAGACUCAUAGCUCCCAAUGAACUUAUGAUAUCAGUUAUUUCGGGUUUUUGAAUGGUCGAGUGUCGGCAGAUAUACCAGAUACAUACGUAGAAAGACAUGUUGUAGAAUACGAGACAAUGAAUGGGCAUUGAGGUUGACGAAAAA